AUUGAACAUCUGAAGACCAAAACCAUACCACAUUAUCCACUCCACGACUCUCCAACAUACAACAUGUCGACCGACCAAAGAGACCCUCUGGAGAUCGCCAAGCAGGCUGAGCGUGACCUGAACACACAAGAGGCCAAGGGCAACAAGAAGACGCAGCAAAGCGAUACCGCCACAGAGUCCGGCAUCGAUGCCUCCGCAACCACAAAAUUCCCCGGCAGCACCGUGACUAUUGGCUCCGCAGCCUCAGGUGCUGGCGACAACCGCGACAUGCCAGAGGGUGGCAUUAACCCAAAGACCGGACAGACCGCCAAGGCAAGAGACUUUGAGGGUGUCGGAGGACCAGAGGAUAAGGAGCGCGUCGCGGCGGAUGUGAGAGGUGGAGACGAGGACGUCAAGGCGAAUGAGAAGUAAGAGUUGUCCCAUAUCCAGUCUUGACAGCUGCUCAAUGAGAACAAUUUCUCC